AUGAUAGAAAUCAUCGCUGAAGAUACGAAUACAUUUAUUUCUUGUGUGAGGUCUAAUUAUUCUCGUAUAAGGGAUAGCAGAGACACGGAUGGAGCAGAAAUAAAAGCUCUUUUGGACUUGCUUUACUUAGCUGGUAUUUAUCAUGGUAACAGAGUUAAUCUUGAGGAACUGUGGAGAAUGGAUGAUUUUAAAUUAGUAAUGAACUUGAAGAAAUUUUUGUUUUUACUGAGAGCUUUACGGCUUGAUGAAAUAAACACAAGAGCAGAACGAAGAGGAGUCGACCGCUUGGCUCCAAUAAGAAAUAUUUUUGAAAAGUUUUUCUCUAAUUGCCAGAAGUGCUAUUCACUUCGAGAGAAUGUCACAAGCGAUGAGAAAUUAGAAGGAUUUCGAGGAAGAUGUGGUUUCGUUCAAUACAUUCCCAAAAAAACGAACAAAUAUGGAAUAAAAAUUUAUGAAAUGGUAGACGAUCGUAUAUUUUACACAUACGAUAUGGAAGUUUAUGCUGGAGAGCAGCCAGAUGGUCCUUUUUACGUAAUCAACAAACCACAAGAUGUUGUAAAAUGGUUGAUAGAACCUAUUCAUAACACUGGAAGAAAUACAACCACAUACAACUGGUUUUCAAGUUUUGAGUUAGUACGAGAUCUAGAUGAAAACACUUUGUCAUUUGUAGGUACUUUGAAAAAAAAAUGA